AUGAAUCACAUUAGUGAAUGGUCUACUGCACAAAAGGAAGCAGUAAGCUUUAACAGUAAAGCUAUGAAUGCGAUAUUCAAUGUUGUUUCCAUGGAAGAGUUUAAGAGAAUCUCAAAUGUGGAGAUUGCUCACACUGCAUGGAACAUCUUGCAAACUGUGCAUGAAGGCACUAAGGCAGUAAAGAUUAAUAAACUGAGGGCAAGAAACAGAAACAAUGUUGAUACUAGGAAUGUGAAGAAGAAUGAAACUGCUAAGAACAAUAAUGGUGAAAAACCAAAAGAAAAAGUAGGUCAAUCUUCAAAUAAUUCUUUAGGACAACAAUGUUAUGGUUGUCAGGAUUAUGGUCAUAUGAAAUCUGAAUGUCCAACCUUCUUGAGGUCACUAGGUAAGGCUAUGGCUGUUACUUUGAGUGAUGAUGAAGUGUCUGAUCAUGAGUCUAAAAGUAAUCAAGAAGAAAACUUCAUGGCUUUCACUGCUACUGCUGUAGUAAGUGAAAUUGAGACUGCCGAUGAGAAUCUUUCUGAUGGAGAACUUUCUAAAAAUGCAGAUUUGCAGGAAGCUUAUAAAAAGCUUUGCAAGAUAGCAACUAAAGAUGCUAUGAAUGUAGAAUUAAGUUUGAAAAAGAUAAACACUCUUGAAUUGGAAAAGAAAAUUUUGCUGUUGAAAUUGUUUAAUGCUAAUAAACUCCUAAACUCUGUUAAAAUUGAGAAUGUGUCUUUGCUUGAAAAAGUUAGGAGUUUAGAAUUAGAAUUAUCUGUUGCUAGAGAACAAAUAGAUAGAACUUCUACCUCUAAACUAGAUGAGAUGUUACAUGUUCAAAAGUCUGUUUUUGAUAAGACUAGUCUAGGGUUUGUUGAUAAUGGAUCUUCUACCGUUGUGAAUCCUCCUAAGUUUGUACUUGCUACAUCAUCUUCUUAUGUUUGUCAAACUUCUACUAAUGUUAAGGUUCAUAAGGUAGUUGCUCCUGUUUCUAGAAAAACUAGAGUAGACCUCAGUGAGUCUGAGCCCAAAAAGUCUAAUCAAUCUAGAAACAAGAAAAACCACAAACCACAGUGGUUUUGUCACUUUUGUGGAAAAGUUGGGCAUACAAGACCAAAUUGCUUUAAGCUGCAAGCUUUAAAGAAAUCUCCCGAAUAA